UCUCUGUAUAAAAGAGAGGGUUUGACGCGCGUUUAACUUCACAGGGCAACCCGCGAAAAACAGUCUAUUUUAUAACAGUACUUCUGGGCGCAAAAACACUUCACUAUGUCCGAUUCGCUGGGCGACAGUCUUAUAAGGAAUCUGAUCAACCUGGGUUUAGAUGAAGCGUUCAACGUUACUCUAUCCCGUCCUUUCCCCUCGAAGAGCAUCAGUUCCGAGCGGCUGACCGACGACCUCAACGGCUGGUCGAAAGACGCCUGGAGCGACAUAACGCCCGGUAAACCCCAAUAUCCCUUAAAACCAGACCGAUCCAUGAGUCUGACCGACAGCACCUUCAACAGGAUGAUGCCCAACGACGUCCCUCCGCCACCCGGAUUUCCUCCUCUGGCGACCCUGCCCUCAAACCGCUACAAGACCGAACUGUGCCGGAGCUUUCAAGAGCACGGCGACUGCAAAUACGGCAGCAAGUGUCAGUUUGCGCACGGCGAGUGCGAACUGCGCGGUCUCAACCGCCACCCAAAGUACAAGACUCAGGCAUGUCGCACUUUCUACCAGUUCGGAUACUGUCCUUACGGACCCCGCUGUCACUUCAUCCACGAGGAGAGAAGCUCUCUGAAAGAUCCCGCAGACAACAACCCGCGUCUCCUUCGCCAGAGCGUCAGCUUUGCCGGUUUUUCCGGACCUCGAAGCACAUCUCCCCCUUUAUACGAGCCCCUGGGCUUCAACCGUGCGCCGUCCGUCUCUCCCCCUCCGGCUGAGAUCUUAUCCCCCAUCUUCAACGACUCCCGCGAAAUGUUUCCCUUCAGUCGUUACAGCAGCGGAGAUAUCAGCAAUGCGCCCUUCUCGGCGGAGCCUCGGUGCGUCUGUGGACACGGAAAUAACUCCGGGAACGGGCUCUACGCUAAGGAAGAGCGCAACAAAGCCUUCGUGACACUCAACCUGCAGCGCUUUCCUUCGGAGGAUUCGCUGUCGGACCGCGAGAGUUACAGCAGCACCGGCAGCUCGAGCGGCUCCGAGUCUCCCAGCUUCGACGGCUCGGGCGGGAAGCGGCUGUCCGUGUUCGCGCGGAUGUCCGUUUCCGAUUAAAAGACUUUAAUGCGAUUAUUUUCCAAUCAAAAUAAUUCAAAGUAAUGUGCAACGAGUCUUAAUACUGUUAAUUUAUUGUGUAUGUGCUAAAGGAGAUUAUUUUCAUACGAAGCUGCCCUCCAAAGCUAUAAGUAGGCCAAUUUUUUAUAACUGUGUAUUAUGUGGCGUGUUUUCUGUGAUUACGUCUUCCUUUUCAACGCUGUUUAGCAGUAAACAUUGACAGACAAGUGCCUUAAAAAUAUAUUCACCUAUGCUAGGGGCAUAAGCAGAGCUCGUGCCAAAACAACCAUUUAAUAUUAAUAUAAAUGUGGAAUAAUAUACCCAUAUGUAUCAACCAACAAUGUGAUGAACUUGAGAAAAUGACCUUACAUUCACUCACAAAGAAAUGCACUUUACAAAUCUAUUUUGGGAGAAUGUUUCCAUGUAGCAUUUUAACCAAAGCAUUAUAAGUUUAGGUACCUGUUUGUACAAAAAUCCUAAGAAACAAACUUUAAACUGUAUAUUUAUAUUGGACAAGACCUGUCAAGUUGUGAAAUGUUUUGACAACCCUGGUUGGGUCCUUUCUCAAGGAAGCUUGUCUUUCAUCAGGGACUGUAACAGUACAGUAUUUCUAUAGAGUAUAGGUUGCUUAAUUUUCAUUUUUUUUUGUAAUUGUAUAGACAUAACUAAUAUAUUUAUUGAGUAUUUAUUGAAGUUACAGCAAUGUAUUUUUUACUUAUUUAUCAACAUGUGUCAAGAGUCUUUACAAAUGAGAGAUGUUUGGCAUGAACCGAUGGAAACUAUUUUAGCUGACCAAAAUAAUAAUGUAAUAAAUACAAAUUGUGAAAAACAA